GAGCGCGUGUGGAAGAGAGUGGCCCUCUCUUCGUCCAAGAAGCACCGCGGUGAGGCCAAAAAGAGCGCUGACGACUCGCGGAGGCCGUCGUGUUACCGCGUGGCCGCCUCCAAGCAGCCGCCCCCGGUCAGUGAAAAAGUGCCGCGUGACUUUAUGUGGUGUGACUUGGUGCAGAACAACGCGGCGGCGGCGACGACGACCGGCAGCAGCGACUCGCCCCAGUCGCCGCCGCCGCCACCUGCGGAACCGCCCCCGCAACGCCACCCCCGCAAGACCUUUGUCAUCAACUUGGACUCCAAAAUCAUGAUGGACCUGAACCCCAAGGCGCUGACCAAGCGUUUCUGCAGCAGGGCCGGCAAAAGCAAGAAGAACAAGGACAACGAACUCUAUCGAAGCAAUAGUUUCAACUUCAAGAGAUACGAACGACCUGUCGAGGACAUCCCGGAAAAUAAGGUGGCAGUAUGUGAUGUGUACAGCCUGCCAGUAGACUUCAUCAAUAGACGAACGCGCAGCUUCGCUUCUGGUCUUGCUAACUGGACUCCAAGCCCAAACGGAGAAAACUUGCAAGUGUUCGACGGCUACAGCGACCCGAGGGACUGCAAAGCUUAUCUCGAACCAGGACAGGCUGCCUGCACAAAAGUUUACACGAGCCCAGACGCCGAGAAAUACAGCAGACCGCUUCGUCCGCCCAAAGAGUCUGAAGAGUUGCACCCGUCCCCGUACGUCUACAGCGAAAUCAAAGAUCCCUCCAAGGCCAGCAAAGGCCACCGCAAACACCACCGCUCCAAAGUCCGCCAGAGCGUAAGUCUCGACUCGCCACGGCCACCUCGACCCAAGAGGCCCAUUCCAAAGGUCACGACCGCGCCUGCCGGUGGCGAACCGUGGUGCUACGAUGCAGACGUCGAGUCUCCCCUAAGUGAGCAGGCGAAACCUAAUGGGCGAAGGCACCGGAAACCCGUCGAGAUGCCGUGCGACGUGUUGGUGAGAUCGAGAAGCAGCGUCUGCGUGCCCUGCAAAGGCUCCAUCGAGCAGGACGAGCCUGACUGCGAUGACACCAUGAGCACUCGCAGUGGACGUAAACAAAUUUACGAGACGGCCUUUGACAGCCGCGUCUCCAAAUCGGAAGAUGAGCUUGAUGAGGUGGAUCGAGUAAGCAACCAUCCCGUAUUGCGAAUGUUUAGCCGAGCGGCGCGUGGAUUGACCCCUCGGGGCAACCGCAAGAAGAACAAAGAAAAAGAAAGUCCCGACCCUCAGGAAGGUCCGAGCCAGACGCCGAGGCCCAUAAGCGCCAUCCCAGGCCACCUGGCCGCCGAAUUGAGUGCGAUGCGAAUUUCCACGCCACCUCCACCAUCCGCGCCAAGCCCCAUCCACACUUACACCCCUUCGCCUCCCUCGACGGCACCCUUGCCUGCGAAAUUCCACACCCCCACCCCUAUGAACAGCAUACAGAGCGCCCCGAAUCUGCCUGCAGGAUCACCUGCGAGGUUGAAGGACCUCCGGUUGCCGGUCAAAUCUCUCAAGGCCCGCAACCGGCCCACCUCCCUCCUGAUUGCGGGCGUGCAGGCGUCCCACCGUCCCAAGUACUCGAGCACCGAAAGUAUGGCCACAAGCAGCAGCAGCAUGUCCAGCUUAGACUCGUUACGAAGCUCAACUAGUGAAGGGAACAGGUCAAGCACCAGCUCUGGAAGCAGAAGUGACUCAUUGAGUUCACAUUCGUCUGACUCUGGUGGUGACUUGAGAAGAGUGAUGCCCACCAGGUGUGCUCCUCUUGGCCUGCUGUCCAACAAACUGCACAUACUCUCCCCAAUUUCUGACAAAUCUCAAGAGCCCGGAUCUGAGACUUCCGACAAUAAUAGAAACAACAACUCGCAAAAAGCCUCUCCGGAAGAAGCGGCCACCGCAGCCACACCAACGGCGGCCACUGACGACCUACCAUGGGACGCGCCUAAACUGAGGCGUCGCAUGCAGAACAAAAACGUGAUCAACCUGCAGUUUGGCGCCCCGAAGGACAUUCUGCAAGGCUCAGACAGCGGCAUCUCCAUUGAGAGCAGGCAGUUUGAAAAUCUGCCGUUCGACAUGCCAAAGCUAAGGAGACGCCUGACUGCAGCGGCCAGCAGUGCCACUUCGAGCAGUGCAACAUCAGUGGCCAGCAGCUCCAAACCAGAAGAUCUGCCCUUUGACAUGCCGAAGUUGAGGAGGAAGUUGCGUCCUGCAUCCACCUUUGAGCCAAUGUCGUCAAACUCGAGCGUGCUUUGCACAACAACUGACAGCAACGCCACAGAUUCUGCUGGUGGAGGUCCCGUGAGGCCACCAAGUCUGGACUUAGGAGGUCCUUCUGCCUUCAGACCAGUUUUGAGUUCUUCAAACCGGCCAGGAGGGCUGAGCCUCAACUUUGGCUUUGGCGCUCUUUCAGCCAGAGGCGACGAAGUGGACGUUCAAAUACCUCUUGAGCGCCAAGGUUGGUUCCAUGGCGCAAUAACAAGGAUCGAAGCUGAAGCUGAGCUGCGACUUCAUCCCGAAGGGAGUUACUUGGUCAGGAACAGUGAGUCCUCCAGGCAGGACUUUUCUCUUUCCUUAAAGAGUGCUCGGGGUUUUAUGCACAUGCGAAUACAACAGGACACAGACACCGGCCAGUACAUACUGGGGCAAUUCAGCAAGCCGUUCUCGUCAAUACCCGAAAUGGUUUACCACUACUCCAUCAACAGGCUGCCCAUCCGAGGAGCUGAGCACAUGUGUCUACUGCAUCCUGUUAUUGAGCAACUUCUUUAGUGAUUAAGGUCUUACCCUUCCCCUAUUUGAGCUGUGAGUGUACAUUAUUCUUGCUGAUUAUGCCAAAGAAAAAUACGAUCAAUUUAUUUCCCAACCUUGUGUAACCAAUUUUUCAACCUUAAGGAAAAAUAUCGCUGUUUUCAUUUGUAUACCACAUAAGCUUCCUUUUUCGAUUGGAAUGAUGAUGAAGAGAGUCGGGUGCAUUUUCAUCUGUUGUUGUGUAAAUUCGGUAAAUUGGAAUGAAAACGAGCAGAGAAUUGGUACAAAAAUGAAAACAAUCAACUGAGAAAACUAUGGUUGGUGUAAAUUGUCUUGAAACCUCUCAGAUGAAAUUUCACUUAAAUAUAAGGUUUAUGUUAACAAAAAUAUAAAGGAAAAUCGACACCACUGUGAGCAUCUUCCUGAGCAUCGAUCAGUUAUCAUAAUUAUGUGUUGUUAGAGACUGAUUGUGGUUUAGUUACAAAAACUCUGUAUGUUAAUUAAAAAAGUUCAUUAGCACACAGGGUUGCGUUAGGUGGAUGUGAUUUGUUGAGUACUUUAAUUCCUUAAUUGGUUGUUGUUCUUGCAAAAUGAUAAAAAGACACGAUGGCUUUUUCAUUGUUAAAUUGUUCAUUAGUUAAUGUUUCUUCACUAGCUACAUAAGCCAGCAAUGUAAUUUGUCUGCAAGUGUUAGAAAUUUAAACCAAAAUCUUGGACUGGACUAAAAAAAAUCACCUGUUUUAAAAAUGACUCUCUGGCAUGUAAUUAAGUACUGACAAUGAGUAUGAUGUAUUAAAAUAUUUGCACUUAAUUCAUAUCUGCUUCGAGCAAAAGCAGAAGCGGAAGUGCUGAAUUAAACCACCCAAACCCACAAUAAUAAUUUUUGUUCCAUUCAAAAGCUUUCUGAAAAUUGUUAAGUUUUAGGGGAAAUUUUGUUAUCUUAUCACUGCGGACAUUAGAAAAUCUGUAGCCAUAUCUUUUAGAAAGAUCAAAUUGUUUUCUGUUGAUUGAAAAAAAUCAGUGGUGCCAAAUAUUUUGAAUAUUAUAUAUUAUUGUACCAAUAAGACGAACAAGCAUUUUUAAUAUAGGCGAUCAAAUGGUCACUAAACUAUAAAUAUGCUCUCUUAUUAUUAAAAUCCCCUCUCCUCGUAGUUAUAGCUAUAAGUAUCAACAAUUUAGAAAGGAAUCCCCAUGAAUGUGAGAAACUCAUUUUUCAAUUUGAAAAUAAAA